GAGAUUUGAGUCUCUGAUCGUUAUUUGAAAAAUGGCUGCAGAAGCGAGCGGCGCGUCAGUGAGUGACAGAGAUACAGCAGAAGGAGAUGCUUCAUUUGGAGAUUUGACUACGAACAUGGAGACUGAGUCUUCAAAUGGCAAAGACACUAUGGAUACAGCUGGUGACAGUUCAGAAGCGGCUGAUGGACAGAUGGGUUCAGGAGACGAUGAGAACGGCCGUCAGUUGGGUGAUGUGGAGUUGCAGUGCGCUCUCUGUAUGAAGUGGUUCACAGCGGACACUUUCAGCAUUGACACGGCAACUUGUCUUCCAUUCAUGACCAAUUAUGUGUUUCAUUGCAACGUGUGUCAUCACAGUGGAAACACUUAUUUUCUAAGGAAACAAGCAAAUUUAAAGGAGAUGUGCCUGACCGCUUUGGGGAAUCUUACAUGGAGGUCCAGGACUCAGGACGAACAUCCCAAAACAAUGUUUUCUAAAGACAAGGACAUCAUUCCCUUCAUUGACAAAUAUUGGGAGUAUAUGACGACCCGUCAAAGACCCGGCAAACUCACGUGGCCAAAUAACAUUGUCAAGACCAUGAUUAAAGAGCGUGACGUUUUUCUGGUGAAGGAACAUCCAGACCCGGGCAGCAAAGACCCUGAGGAGGAUUAUCCUAAAUUUGGUUUGCUUGAUCAGGAUCUGGGUAAUAUUGGACCAUCAUAUGACAACCAAAAGCAAAUGACAGUCCCAGGAGCUGGAGGUCUGAACGGUGGAUCAACUUUUCAAGGUGGUCUUCCAGGAGCAGCUUCAGGUAAAGGCAGAGGAGCCAAACGCAAACAACAGCAGCAGCUGGACGGGACGUCUGCAGGAACGGCCAAAAGAACACGCAGUGACCCCCUGUUCUCCGCUCAGCGUUUGCCGCCUCAUGGGUACCCACUUGAGCAUCCGUUCAACAAAGACGGUUAUCGCUACAUCUUAGCAGAACCGGACCCUCACGCUCCCGACCCUGAGAAACUGGAGCUGGACUGUUGGGCUGGAAAACCCAUUCCUGGAGAUCUGUACAGAGCGUGUCUGUAUGAAAGAGUACUGCUGGCCCUACAUGAUAGAGCUCCACAGCUGAAGAUCUCAGACGACCGAUUGACGGUAACCGGAGAGAAAGGUUAUUCUAUGGUCCGAGCGUCUCACGGUGUCAGAAAGGGAGCGUGGUAUUUUGAGGUCACUGUGGAUGAAAUGCCUCCUGACACUUCUGCUCGACUGGGCUGGUCUCAACCUUUAGGUAAUCUUCAGGCUCCUCUGGGUUAUGAUAAAUUCAGCUACUCGUGGCGCAGUAAGAAAGGAACGCGCUUCCAUCAGUCUAUAGGGAAACAUUACUCUGAGAGCUACGGUCAGGGGGACAUCUUGGGCUUUUACAUUGCCCUGCCCGACGACACGGAGACCGCAAAGGCUUUGCCAGAUACUUACAAGGACAAAGCUUUGAUCAAAUUCAAAAGCUACCUGUACUUUGAAGAGAAAGAUUACGUGGACAAGGCCGAGAAGAAUUUAAAACCAAACAGCAGUAGUCGUAUUAUAUUUUACAAGAAUGGAGUGAAUCAAGGUGUGGCGUAUGAGAAUCUGUAUGAGGGGAUGUAUUACCCGGCCAUAUCCCUCUACAAGAGCUGCACUGUGUCUGUUAAUUUUGGACCUCACUUUAGAUACCCACCAAAGGACAUCAAGUACCAGCCGAUCAGUGAUAUGGGAUGGGGUGCCGUCAUUGAACACACACUGGCAGAUAUGUUGUACCACGUUGAGACUGAUGUAGACGGUCGACGCAGUCCCCCUUGGGAGGGUUAAACCAACCACCUUCAUCUAGAUGACAACACAGAUGCCAAAUAAAGUCUCGUGCACGAGCAUGUGCUCAUAAACGGUCACCACGCACAGAGUUUUUUCAUGCAAUAAUUUUUUUUUU